AUGACACCCACUAUCCCCCCUAACUUGCAACGCUCACAUGUACCGAAGUUUGGCAACUGGGAAAGUGAAGAAAAUGUUCCUUACACAGUCUACUUUGAUAAGGCACGGAAGGGUAGAACUGGUGGGAAGAUGAUAAACCCAAAUGACCCCCAAGACAAUCCUGAUAUGUUUCCCAACAUCGAGCCUCCAGCUCAAGCUCCUCCAUCCGGGACCAGAACUGAACCAGAGGAACCACCAAGACGGGGAGCAGUAAGGACUGCACAUGAGCAUCAAGUAAGCAAGGAAGAUGGUGACCUUAGGCAGUUCACUGAAUCUCCCGCACGUAAUGACAAUAUGGGCAGGAGGGUUUCUGGGGAGUCAGCACAUCAACGUCAUGGGGGGCGUGGAUCAAGUUCUGGCCAACCUGUAAGACAAAGUGUUGGAUCUGAACAUAGCAUAGAACGGUCACCACUUCAUCCGCAUCAUCAAGCAAAGAUCGUGGGAAAAGGUAGUGCAUCUCCUUCCUGGGAAGGAAAGAACUCGUAUGAUGGUAGCCACGGCACUCCUGGAAGAUCAAGAUUGAAGCCUCGAGGCGAUGAGACUCCCGAUAGAGGUGCCGCAGGUGUGGGUAAUCAGCCAUCUUAUCCCAAUGCACGGAAGCAAAACUCAGCUCGUCGAGUAAAUGGAGAAAGAGGGAAGCUGCUGCCAUGGUGAGGAAGGUGAUGGCGAAGAUUCUAGCGGACUAGGUUGAGGUCCGGCG